UUAAUUAAUACUUCAUAUUCUCUCCUUUUAUAAGUCCUCUUCCAUUUUUCUCAACUUCAGAACUCUCGCUCUCUCUCUCUCUAAUCUCAUAACCUCUCUCACUAUCAAGAAGAAACAUCUUCUAAAGAGAAAUGGGUUCCAAAAGUGUCCAAGUUUUCUUGAUAAUGGCUCUCUUCGCCACAGUUGCACUUGCUCAAGCCCCAGCUCCCACUCCCACAGCUACUCCUCCUCCUCCCGUUGCUACUCCUCCUCCGGUCGCUACUCCUCCUCCAGUGGCCACCCCACCCCCCGCCGCAACUCCAGCUCCAACCACCACUCCACCACCUGCCGCGACUCCAGCCCCCGCCACUACUCCACCAGCAGCUGCUCCUUCUCCAUCUGAUGCUCCUAGCGCCUCUCCACCAGCACCAGAAGGUCCCGCCUCGAGCCCUAGCGGACUUGCUCCAGGGCCUUCAGAGGAUGCGCCUGCUCCUAGUGCCGCUUUCUCCAGCAAGGCUUUCAUCGCCGGAACCGUCUUCGCUGCUGUUAUGUACACCGCCGUUUUAGCUUAACAUCUUUUUAUUUUUUACAUUUGUUCCAAAUUUCAGAUUUUCUUUUUUUUUCUUUAUUUCUUCCCUCAAUUAUUUCAAAUCUUUGGUGUUAUGUGAGUAUUUCUUUUAUUUUCGUA